UUCUUCUGUCAACCUUUGGGCUCCUCUUGUUUUCUUUUUCUAUUUCUCAAGUGUCCUUUUCUUUGUCUCCCUCACCCUCAGCCCCCUGGUUCUGCACCUCAGUCCGGAUGCUGAAGUUGUAGCCCUGUGGAACCGACGGCCUGCAGUGUGCUGCGGGUGCCCCCUGUGCCCGCCGUGCAGGCUGAGGGGGAGGACGUCUUGCUGCAGAGAUCCGCUGCCCUCCUGGCGGGUGGGACAGGGCCUGGCUUUGAAGUGGUGGCAGCGCUGCACCCCAGGGCCUGGGCUGGAUUAACCACUGUCUGGGCAUUUCUUCUCGUGGCCCAACCCACUGAAUCCGCUGGGUGGGGAGGAAGGGGUACUGGUACCCAGACCACAGCUGGGUCAGGAGCUUUGCCAAGUCCCCAGGGGGCAUCCUCUGGGCUGGCAUUGCCCGAGGAGGACACUCAGGGAUUGGUGCUCUCUCAUUCGCCCCUUCCAGGCAGCCGGCUCUGACUGUACCGGGCAGAUUGUGACCCCCAGCUAGCUAUGCUCCUGCUGUCCAGCACCGUGGGCCUGGCAGGUCUGAUCCUCUGGGCAGGCCAGACAGUGGAUGCCUUGAUGAUGCCCAAUGCCAGCGUGGUCCUGGCCCGGCGGGAGGGCACAGCUGUGCGGCCUCUGAGGGGCCUAGGGGUGCCCCGGUACCACAGGAAGCGCCACAUCACUGCGUGGGACAUCAUGGCCUUAUUGGAUUAUCACAACCACAUUCGGGCCAACGUGUACCCACCUGCUGCCAACAUGGAGUACAUGGUCUGGGACGAGUUGCUAGCCAAGACCGCUGAGGCCUGGGCCGGCCAAUGCAUCUGGGACCACGGGCCCUCACACCUGAUGAGAUUCGUGGGUCAGAACCUCUCUGUCCUUUCUGGCCGGUACACCUCCAUCUUGGAUCUUGUGAAGCUUUGGGCCAAUGAGAGGUGGGAUUACUCGUUUCCAGCCCCAGGUGAUUGCACCCCGCGCUGCCCCUGGUACUGCAGUGGUCCUGUCUGCACCCACUACACCCAGAUGGUGUGGGCCUCCUCCAACCGGCUGGGCUGUGCCAUCCACACCUGCGACAGCAUCAAUGUGUGGGGCAACACCUGGUACCAGGCGGUGUACCUGGUGUGCAACUACGCCAUGAAGGGCAACUGGAUGGGUGAGGCACCCUACAAGAUGGGGAUGCCUUGCUCCGCCUGUCCUCCCAGCUAUGGAGGCAGCUGCUACAACAACAUGUGCUUCCAUGGGCUCAACUCCAAUAAGUUCCUGGGAUCUGAACCCCCCCAGCACUCUGGGGCACCUCUAGCCGGACUUAGCCCGCUAAGAAUCCCUUCUGGAAUGUAGCAUCAAGGAAUAUUUGUUU